AUGUAUUUAUCAUUUACUGGCUUUCGUAAACGGCUUGUCUUAGAGUUACUUCAGCCAUUCCAUGACCGAAGGAAAUGUCAGGAAAAAUGUACCCAAAGUGGCGUUUCUAGUCUUACAGUAACUUUCCAUGGAGAUAGUGAGGUACAUCUUCUCUCAAAUCUUGUCGCACUUUCAAAAUUAAAAAUGUCCAUAUUUAUCAGUAUUAGGGUUCUAGAACAGGGUGUUCAACGAAAACGUCCACUCAACAAUGGGAACGAGUUCGGGAAAAGGCGUGUAUUUCAGUCCCUUGCCAAGGCUCGACAGGUUGCUAGGGCUUUUAGGCUAAAGUACAACGUUAUUUUUGUAACCGCCAGUUCUAAAGGAAGCUUGCCCUUCAUUGUAAUCCCUGGAAUACAAAAAGAAAGCCUAAAACUGAUAAAGCUCAUCAGCAGUCAGGCUCAGAAUCUGAAAGUCUUGUACAUGAAAAACGAGCACGAUGAAGAUAAUCCCGUUGCGUACUAUCCGCGGGCAAAUAUAAAAAUAUAG